GAAAAAUGUAUGCGCAAGGUAAUGUCAGUAAAAAAGUUUUGUUAACGAUAGCGAAGGAAAUAGAAGACAGAAGAACAAGUACUGUAAUGAAAACCAACGACGAAGAAAAACUCAAAGGAAAAUUACAUGAGACCCAGUACUGUACUUCUGAUUCUGAUUCUGAUUUUUGUCCUGAAGACCCCACAACUUCUUCAUCCCAGGAAAGGAACAAGAGAAAGAGGAAGGAGAGGACUAAAAUGCAAUUUGAAAGCACAAGCAUGGGUGUUUCUGCAAAGUCUGAAAGACUCAAAUCUGACAAAGAAGUGUGCUCGGAUAACUCCAAGAAACCACAAAGUGAGCGUAAACGAACUCGUGAUUGUGACAUAUACGAGGAUGAAGAAGCUAAGCGCUCCGUCAUGCAACGAGCAGCUGAAUUGCUAGCUCGUUUGGAACAGGAGUAUAACCUUCCCUCCUUCGUUAAGUGUAUGCUCCCAUCAAAUGUUUCCCAAGGGUUUUGGCUGCAUCUACCGAAGAAAUUCUGCACGGUUAAUCUGCCGAAUGAAGAUACGCCGGUUGUACUUGUGGAUGAAUUAGGGAGGGAGCACACAACGUCGUAUCUCUUGGGGAGGAAUGGAUUGAGUGCCGGAUGGAGGGCUUUCUCUAUGAAACACAAAUUACUUAAAGGAGAUUUACUCAUUUUCCUUUUGACCGAGCCUUGCAAAUUUAAGGUGCACAUUGUGAGAGUAAAUGACAUAGAAGUCUUAUUUGCUGCACUUUGCCUCAUGGAUUUGCGUUUUUCUUGUGAAGGGAAUGAUUCCGAUUCGGAGAAGAAAGAUACGCGGAAACGAAGGAGAAGAAAUUACGUGGACCCUGCUCUGUUCGAAAUGCUUAUGCCUUCGGAGAAGGUCGAAGAAAGAGACGUACCAAAGUCUUCGAGUAGUAAUAGUGAUGGUUUUAGCUCCGAAGUGAUUGAAGGCUCCGAAAGUACGGACUAACGAGCUGAAAAACAGAGGAACACAUUCUUGUGGGGUGUUUCGUGUAUGUAGGAGAAAAUGUGAAGAGCUUCUUUUCUUUCGCGGGGGGUAAGAGAUGUAAAUAGUCUCGACGAAUCGGGGCAAAAGGUGAUAUAUUAGAGUUUACAUCUUGAAAGUUUUUUAGGGUUUCGACAUAUGAAUAUACACCGGCAUUGAACAUCGAAAGGUAGAACGAAAGUGAAUCGGUAUUCUUUUUCCUUUCAUAGUAAAGUUGUUUAUUUUGAAGGAACAAAUGUAAGAGUCUUAGUUAGUAGUGUUUAAAGGUUUACAUGAUAAAUUUUACAUGUUUUUUUAAUAGAAAUUAAGAAGUUACAUCUUUUAUCUCAUUUGUAGCUUUCAUGGUUCGAUCUUUGUACACAUGACUCCCCUUGUAGUUCGAAUUUUGUGCACAUGAUCCCCACUUGUAGUUUGAACUUUGUGCACAUGACCACCCGUAAUUUGAAUUUUGUGCA